UCAGCAUGAGGAGAAGGAGAAAGCAUUAAAGGAGCAACUGUCUCAUCUUACUGCUUUGCUUCCAACACUUCAGGUUCACCUGGUCACCUGCUCGGCUUUUCUUAGUUCAGCCAACAAGUUUGAAUUUCUGGAUAUGGGCUAUCAACUCAUGGAAAGACUGAAGAGGAUUGCAAAGCUCCCUCAUCGCCUGCGGCCAGUGCAGAGCAGCAAAAUCAACACUGAGUACAGGAGUGAGUUUGCUCGUUGUCUGGAGCCUCUUCUUCAGAUAGGAUCACGCCGCCCUCCUUCUGUUGCUGGUUCCACUAGUAUGGUAACAAGGCUCCAGUCCCCUCUCUCGUUACCUUGCCAUUCUCCGUCUCUCAAUGAGAUGCCACUGGGUUCUGUGUUCGGGCGAAGGCCGACAUCUCACAGGAACAUAUGCACAAAGGUCCUCCUGGCUGAGGGAAGGGAAACCCCUUUCACAGAGCACUGCCGCAACUACGAGAACGCCUACAGGGUGAGUGACGAGAGUGAACUUAACUAG